AUGCAUUCCUCUCCUUCGGUCCCUCAUGGGACAGAAACGUUGCACCGGCAGGCUGGGCGGCGAGGGAAGCCGGGCACCGCAGCGCUUGCCACCCGGGCCGCGGGCUGUCACUCGCCGGUGUCGCCCCGCUCCAUCCCCACGGGGGACAGCCCGGCUGGCGGCGGGCACAGGCCGGCCCGAAACACGGUGACACCCCACUGCACCCAAAUAAUGGGUUGUAACCGGUUCUUCCUCCCCUCCAUCUCCUCUUCCUCCCCCUCCCCUUCGCCCUCCGUCUCCCGCAUCUCGUUCCCAGGUUGUAAAAUCAAAGCUCUGCGGGCAAAGACCAACACCUACAUCAAGACCCCGGUUCGCGGGGAGGAGCCGCUCUUUGUUGUGACGGGCAGAAAGGAAGAUGUGGCUAUGGCCCGCAGGGAGAUCAUCUCGGCAGCCGAGCACUUCUCCAUGAUCCGAGCCUCACGGAACAAGAACACGGCCCUGAACGGCACCGUUCCCGGCCCUCCGAACCUGCCCGGCCAAACCACCAUCCAGGUGCGGGUGCCUUAUCGCGUGGUGGGCUUGGUCGUGGGGCCCAAGGGGGCCACCAUCAAGCGCAUCCAGCAGCAGACGCACACCUACAUCGUGACCCCGAGCCGGGACAAGGAGCCGGUCUUCGAGGUGACGGGCAUGCCCGAGAACGUGGACCGGGCCCGGGAGGAGAUCGAGGCGCACAUCGCCAUGCGCACCGGCGGCAUCAUCGAGCUGACGGACGAGAACGACUUCCACGCCAACGGCACGGACGUGGGCUUCGAGCUGAACGGCACGGGCAGCCUGUGGAGCAAGCCCUGGUAUGGCAGACGGAGCAGCCGCAGUCCCUGUAACGACCAGCGCCUGUGCAGCACCUCGACAGAUGCCCUGACCUGGGUGGUGUGGUGGGGCUCGGCUGCGAGUCCCUCGUUAAAAGUAACCGGCUUCGUCAUCUGUGGACUUAUCUUGAUCAAAAACCCACUCCGGCAGAAAAUGUCCUCAAUCUUUGGAGUCACAUGGUUCUUGGAAAGCUCUCUCUUGGCUGUGCAGGAGGUCAGUCUUUUAAGGAGAGAGUCUGUGCACAAACGUGCAGCACUGCUAAUGAGAGGAAUUCCACACGUCUCCUCCGUGCCACAAGCUCUGUGUCCAUCCUGCCGAGUGCUGCCUCUAAAGCCGUUUGGUAUUAGAUGUUCUGAUGGAUGCUGGGCUGUUACGGAGCUGGCGCAGCAAAACACUGUAACUCUCGCUACAGAGAUGGCUUCCAGAAGGUAG